CAGAGAGUUGCAAGAAUGGGAGCUGUAGUUGAUUUCACCUCUCGUGUGGGAAAAGAACAGAGAAUAGCUAUGGAUUUGGCUAUCCAAGACCUUCUUCACUCGAACUGCCUUACAGUAAAUUUAGACCUCAGAGAUUCACAGGGAAGUACAGCUAAAUCAACUGCUGCUGCAAUCAAUCUUCUGAAUGGCAAACAAGUUGAAGCCAUCAUUGGAACACUGACAAUGCAAGAAGCAGCUCUUGUCUCUGAGAUUGAAAAUCAAACCGCAAACUUCACCAUUUUAUCACUUGCUUCACCUGCCAUAAACCCACCAUCAGCCUCACUUCAAAUGCCAAAUUUUCUCCAAGUUGCAAAUGACAUUGUUAUCCAUAUGCAAUGCUUGGCAGCCUUAGUCGGUCAUUUUCAAUGGAGAAAGGUGACUGCAAUUUAUGAACAAAAGAGUGAUUUUUCCUACAAUUCUGGAAUGAUAACCCUCCUCUCCGAUUCACUUAAAUUAGUCAACUCAGAGAUUGAGCACCACCAAGCUUUCCCAACCCUCUCUUCUCUCUCUGAUCCAGAUUCCUUUUUCGAUGAAGAGCUGAAGAAGUUGAGGAACAAAAGCAACAGGGUUUUCAUACUUACCCAGUUCUCUUUAAAUUCAGCUAUUUUUCUCUUUGGAAAGGCAAAGGAAACGGGGAUGAUGGGCAAAGGCUAUGUAUGGAUUGUCACAGAUGAGAUUGCAAGUCUUCUUGACUCUGUUGAUUCUUCUAUCAAGUACAAUAUGCAAGGUGUUAUUGGUAUUAAAACCAACUUCAUAGAAAUAAAUACAACCAACAAUUUCGCGAAAUUCAAAACAAGAUUUCGCAGACUAUAUGGACUGCAAUACCCUGAAGAAGAAGAAAACUCUAGCCCUAGCAUCUUUGCUCUUCGAACGUAUGACGCAAUGCAGGCCAUGGCCCUAGCCAUGAAAUAUGCUACCUCAAAACAUUUGUCUCAAGAAAUUGUGUCCACCAAAUUCCAAGGUCUAAGUGGCAUGAUGGAGUUCAAGAAUGGCAUGCUAUCACAACAACCAACCUUUCAAAUCAUUAAUGUGUUUGGCAGAAGCUACAGCGAGAUUGCAUUCUGGUCACCAAGCUUCGGUUUCUCAGACGACAUGAACAAACACCUUGAUAUGAAGGAGAGGACUAAUCACAAUUAUGUUCAAGUUUUGGGUCCAAUCAACUGGCCAGGUGGUAUACAAGCAGCUCCAAAGGGGUGGAGUACUCUUGUCGAUGGAGAGAGACCGUUGAAGAUAGGGAUUCCGGCAAGGGGUGCCUUCAAUCAAUUUGUGAAAGUAACGUAUGACCAGGACAAGAAUCAGACACACAUCUCAGGGUUUUCAAUUGAUAUGUUUGAAGCAGCUGUGAAAAACCUGCCUUAUCAGUUGCCUUAUGUGUUUGUUCCCUUCAAUGGCUCAUAUGAUGAAUUGGUGGAACAGGUCUACUACAAGGGCUUGGAUGCAGCUGUUGGUGAUAUAGAAGUCAUAGCUGACCGGUAUCAUUAUGUUGAGUUCUCACAACCAUACAUAAGCUCUGGACUUCAGAUGGUAGUCACUGUAAAGCCAGAUAAGCUGAAGGAAAAAUGGAUGUUCAUGAAUGCCUUCAGCAAAAGCAUGUGGUUGCUCAUGAUCACUACACACCUUUCUGUAUGCUUUGUUGUCUGGUUUAUUGAAUGUGAACAUGGGCAAAACUUUGAAUUAGAGGGUAUUGGGGCCAUCCUGUGGUUCUCUGUCACCGUCUUAUUCUUCGUGCAAAGAGAACGAGUUCAGAGUAAUUGGGCUCGGCUGGUGCUGGCUCCAUGGUUAGUAGUGAUUCUAGUAGUAACAGCCACUUUCACAGCGAGCCUCACUUCCAUGAUGACCAUCUCUCGAGUCCAGCCAUCUGUGCUCAAUGUGGAAACACUUAAGAAAGAAAAUGGAACUGUUGGAUGUAAUGGCAACUCUUUUAUUAUUAGGUACCUGAUCAAUGUUCUAGCGUUCAGACCAGAAAACAUCAAGAGAAUUUCCUCCAUAAGUGACUACCCAAAGGCCUUCCAGAAUGGAGAUAUUCAAGCAGCUUUCUUUGUCGCCCCCCAUGCUAAAGUCUUCCUGGCAUGUUACUGCAAGGGCUAUAUGAAGACAGGUCCUAUAUACAAGCCUAGCGGCUUUGCAUUUGCUUUUCCAAAGGGGUCUCCUCUGGCCAUUGAAAUGUCAAAGGCAAUCCUGCAUGUAAAUGAGAAGAAGCAAGUAGAGCUAUUAGAAAAACAAAUGCUCUCCUCCUUUAACUGCUCCCCUGCACUGAACUUGAAAGAUGGUCCAAUUGGUUAUGAGCCCUUUUCCGGCCUAUUUCUAAUUUCAGGUUUGGUUUGUGCAUUUGCCCUAUUGGUCACGAGUGGGCGUAUGGCCGGUAGACAUCUGCAGAAUAUGUGCAGCAUACGAGCAAUACUGACGAAAACAGGAAUUCUGAGAUGGGCUUUUAUGUACUUAAUUCAGAGCUGCAGAAAAUCUCAAAAGCAUUGCUCCACAACCUCCAUCCUGGAAACUUGA